CUCCAUCUAUGAUGCCAAUGCUAUCCUCUCCGCCACCUCUGCUAUCGCCCUCUGCUUCAGAAGUUUCAGCAACUGAUUCAGAGCCGGACACUCCUCCACAAUAUUCCAACCAGCUAUAUCCCUCACCUCUUCAAGUUCACGUUCAGAUAGCCGAAAGCCAACUUCACAACCAUGUACCACAUACUUUAUCGGAGCCAGAGAACGAUUGUUCUAUCACUCUUAAUUUACCCCCGCGGCCACAUUACUCGCGACGCGCCUCCCAUGAUCUCUUCGAGUGCAUCGAGCAAACACAGCACAAACGGCUCUCUGAGAACCAAGCUCGCUAUAUAUUAACUCAAGUGGUUGAAGCUGUGUACUAUUUGGACUGUCGCGGUAUAUCUCAUCGUGAUAUCAAAGAUGAAAAUCUGGUGGUUGAUAAGGACCUAAAAGUUAAGCUAAUUGACUUUGGAAGUGCUACUAUAGCCGAUGUAUCAGAACCCCGUCCUUAUCACAAACUAUUCUACGGGACGACGGCCUAUGCAUCGUCGGAGGUUCUCCAGAAGAAACCGUAUCAAGCGCCUCCUGCGGAGAUAUGGACGCUGGGGGUGUUGAUGUCUUACUUGCUCACUGGGAUGUCGCCAUUUCCAACAGAGAGAGACGCUAUUGAAGGGAGGAUCGUGCUAGCAGAAGAACCCGGGUCGCAACUGUCUCAUGACUGUUUGCAUCUCAUGAGCAGAUGCUUGGAGCCCGACCCCGAGAAACGGGCUGAUAUCAAGGAAGUCAGGGGUCAUCGAUGGUUACGGUGUUAGUGAUCAGAUUCGAGUUGAUCAUUGUGGAAGGAUGUCUACAAAUGGAUUGUUUUAUCUCUUUGUCGCGCAUUGUAUAUAGCUCUCAUCAUCAUUACAGGAUUACAGGAGUAUUCGGAUGGCUAUGUACCUAGAUUAUUUGCCAGUGUGCAGUCUUGUUGUGUAUUUCAUUUUGUAUGGAUUCCAUGUGUAUAUUCUUAACUACUACAAUGAACAUCAUGU